AAUUUAGUAUAUAUUUAUCGGUCAUCUCUAGCGUUGACGUGUGUGUACGUUGUUGUUGCUGCUGCUGUGUGCUGCGUGUCAGUUUUGUUACCCCCAAACCGCGAGCCAAACGAUUUUCAUUUAGAAAUCGUGAACGGCAAGUUAAGAAGUUAAAUAAAUAAACGAAGAGAAUCAGUAGACAUGGCGGAGGAAGUCAUUGGCAGCGUAAAGGAGGCAAUCAAAGGCAUCCUGCAAAGUGUGAACGGCAAUGCGAAUGCAGCAGAUGCUAAAAAUGAGACAAUUACAAACGAAAAGAAGAUUUCGACGCCGGAAGGCAUUGCAGUCGCGUAUGGAAGCCUCGUUGUAAUGGCAAUGUUGCCCAUUAUCUUUGGCUCCAUACGUUCCGUCAAACUGCACAAACUGAAGAAGUCGACUGGCGAGAAAGCGGACACAAUGACUAAGAAGGAUGCCAUGUAUUUCCCGCUAAUUGCAUCUGUGGCACUUUUCGGCCUUUACAUGUUCUUCAAGAUAUUCCAGAAGGUCCACAUCAACUUGUUGCUCACCGGUUACUUCUUUAUUCUGGGCGUGAUUGCCCUUGCCCAUCUGCUGAGUCCCGUCAUCAAUUCCCUGAUGCCCGCUGCAGUGCCAAAGGUGCCAUUCCACAUACACUUCACAAAAGGUGAAGGUAAGCACAAGGAAGACAUUAUCAACUACAAGUUCUCGACGCACGACAUUGUCUGCCUGGUGAUUUCAUCGGCGAUUGGCGUCUGGUAUCUGCUGAAGAAACAUUGGAUAGCCAACAAUAUGUUUGGUCUGGCAUUUGCCAUCAACGGAGUCGAGAUGCUGCAUUUGAAUAACUUUGUCACUGGAGUGAUUCUGCUGAGCGGCCUGUUCUUCUACGACAUCUUCUGGGUGUUUGGCACCAAUGUCAUGGUCACAGUGGCCAAGAGCUUCGAGGCGCCCAUUAAGCUGGUUUUUCCCCAGGAUAUUCUCGAUAAUGGCUUGAACGCCUCGAACUUUGCCAUGUUGGGACUGGGCGAUAUUGUUAUUCCUGGCAUCUUUAUUGCCCUCCUGCUCCGCUUCGAUGAUAGCAAAAAGCGCAAGACGAGAAUUUACUUUUAUUCGACACUAGCUGCUUAUUUCAUGGGUCUGAUGGCCACGAUCUUUGUUAUGCAUGUCUUCAAGCAUGCACAGCCGGCUCUGCUCUAUCUUGUCCCCGCUUGCAUGGGAACCCCCCUCCUGGUGGCCCUCAUCCGUGGCGAGCUCAAGGUGCUCUUUGCCUAUGAAGAUCAUCCCGAGGAAAAACCUGAAAAGAAGGAAAAGAAGGAAAAAGAUGACAGCGGCAACAGCAGUAGCAACAGCAAGAAAAAAGAAUCGAAAAAAGCAAAGUAAUUCUGGAAAUUCCAACUUCCCCUCAUCCCCGCGUACAUGUCUUCUAUUCUAUUCUAUUGGCCAAGUAACAAGAAUAGCACAGACUUUGUUUUAUUUCGUGGUUGGACCACCUUCAUCAAUUAGCUUCCUUAUGCUUACUGCAACUUCCAGCUACCAAUCUAUAAAAGACGAUUUUCAAUUUUACUUAGGAAUGUUCCUUCACAAGGCACAACCACCUUAUUGAUUUCGAAUUAAGUUUAACUUUAUAGAAAACAUAAUUUUCAUAAUUUUGUACAAGAAUCAAAAACACAGAAACAAACAAAUUAUACAAACAAACUAAAGUACAUAUAAGAACAAUAAUAAAUUGAAAUAUUCC